UUAUUACUGUCAAACCAAAGUAUUUUUUACCUAAUUGAGAUUCGUUUCAGUGCUUUCAGACAGUCCAAAACAUGUAGAUAUGCGUGAUGUGGGUGCCAACGCAAGGAAAAUACAGUUAAAAAUAAAAAAAUUGUGAAAUAGUCAUAAGACUUUUGUUUCCACACACCUCACACUCGCGCCAAGGACAUGGAAGACGAGUUAGAGGAUAGAGUUUUGCAUCAAACGUAUCUUUCUUUUAUGAAAAUCGUGACGCGCCUCACGAGCAGUGCUCCGCUUGAUACUCCGGUGAGCUAUUUAUGGAAGAUGGUGCGUCUUUAUUUCUUGCGGUCUGAGGUAGCAGUGAUAACUCUGGGUAUAAUAUUGUUUAUUAUGUAUCUGCAAACAAUUGAACAGUGGAGUCGCACGUUACUAAGUCGACUUUCACAGGCCAUGAGCCCUAUCAGUUCUGUUCAGCGUAUGAAGUUUAUGGAAGGGUCUGAGGCUGAUAAACAAAGCUGGGAACUUAAAGGUUCUCUCAGUGCAGCUUAUGCAAUCAAAGGAAGGAGGAUGCAUAUGGAAGACAGAUUCAUCAUUAAUGAGAACAUCAACAAUACAGGUAUCUCCCUGUUUGCCAUAUUUGAUGGGCAUGGUGGAGAAUUUGCUGCAAACUAUGCUAAAGACCAUCUUAUACAAAAUCUUUACAACAAAAUAGUAGAAUUAGAUGCUUUCAAGGAGGGGAAAAUCAUUAGCACUUCUACUAAAGAUAAUGCAGAGGAGGAUAAACCGCAAGGACCAGAAAGCAAUACAAGUGUUGAACGAAAAAUUAGCUUUAAGAAGUCAGUGAGCACUGCUGAUGACACAUCUAAAAAGGAAGUAACGGACCCAGAAUUGCUGGCACAACUCUCAAAGGCCAGACCAAUAAUAACAAGGGAAGUGAGACCAACAAAACCAAUUAAAAAUGUUCCUGUACCAUUGAGCAGUUAUUUAGAUAAAGGGAAAAUUAACUUUGGCAAGUUGCUGACAGAUGAGGUGUUGGCCGCAGACCGACUGUUGGUGGAGGCAGCGAAGAGGUCCAUGAAUGUUGCCGGAACCACUGCUCUGCUCGCUAUCAUGGAGGGCAACCACCUGAUAGUUGCCAAUGUGGGAGACUCCAGGGGUGUCAUGUGCGACUCAAGAGGAAAUGCCAUUCCUGUAUCUUUUGACCAUAAACCUCAACAGGUAAGGGAACAGAAAAGAAUAGAAGCAGCUGGAGGCUACAUAGCAUUUAAUGGCGUUUGGCGCGUUGCGGGCAUCCUGGCAACUUCUCGGGCGAUGGGAGACUACCCCCUGAAGGACAAAAAGUUUGUUAUUGCGGACCCAGACAUUCUCACGUUCAACCUCAAUGAUCACAAGCCUAUGUUCCUCGUUCUGGCCUCUGAUGGUUUAUGGGAUACCUUUUCCAAUGAAGAAGCAGUUAAAUUUAUUAAGGAACGAUUGGAUGAACCUGACUAUGGAGCAAAAAGUUUGACUCUCCAGGCUUACUACAGGGGUUCUGUUGACAACAUAACAGUGCUAGUAAUAAAUUUCCUGGACAACAAAGUUGCGUCUUCUACCACACAGUAACUGUAUCUCAAUAGAGAACUGCAUUAUAUCCAUAUUAAUGAAAGGAUGCAACCCCCACACAGGCUGGUACUGUUUGGUUGAGUGGCUUGGAACUGGAUAUGAUAUUGCAAGCCAUUGGUACAAAUGUUGUACAGAUUUUUGGUACAAAAUAUUGUUGGUCCUUACUUUUUUGUUGUAACAAGUUCCUAAUUAUAUUUGGUUCCCUACACAUUUUUCUAUAAAAUAGAAAUUUGGCCUAAUACAAGCAACUUGCCAGAUUGUCUUUACUUAAAAUAUUAUAAUAAAUGGGAACUGACGUGAGAAGUAAAUAAAUAUAAUGACAUUGCAUGCAUUUCAAUGUACUGUAAAGAUUUGCUGAUAUAUAGUCCUUGAUGUGUAUUUGAUAAGUCAUAAUAUGUAAUUAUGUAUUCUAUUUGUAUAUACCUAACAUUUCUAGUUGAAUCAACUUCAGAACGUGAUUAUGAUAACAUAUUCAUAUAUGUCCAUACUUUGUCCAGUAGUUAUCUUGCUUUAACAAAGAAUUUAUAAUAUUUUUGAAUGUUGAACAUUAUAUUGUCGUGUAAAAAGGAAAUUUUUGAAUUUAUGCAUGGUUGUGAUGGUCACAGAAACGUUUGUGAAAAAUAAGUAAAAAAAGAUAAUCUUGUUUGAGUAAUUAUCUAUUUGUCCUGUUAUAGUAUAGAAUAGUUAUGAUUUGUAAGAUUUUUGGGAUGUUUUUAGUAUCAAAUCGUAUAAUUGCUUAUUUAUAUCUAAAUAGUACCAAGUAUUAGUGAUCUUAAUUUGCUGUGCAUACAAAUAUAUGUUUUAUCCUUGCAUAAUAUUGAAUUGUGUUCAGACUGUAAUAUUUAAAAAAUGUUGCAUUUGAAGUGACUCAUGUUUUAGUUUGAUAAAGAAAGCUGUUACAGAGUUUUUGCUUCUGGUGCUAGAGUCAUGGUUUCUUACUUAUGUCAGUUUGUGUAACAGUUAAAACAUGUUUAGAUACAUCUCAGAGAACUUUUAUAAUAAGAUCAAAUAAGAUGCUAUCUGGGCAUUUUCACUUAAAAGUGUACAGUCGGAGCGGCCAAGGUGUUCACAAAAUCUGAACACGCACCCUAACGCUUUGACAAUAGAGGCGUGUUCAGAUAUUUGUGAGCACCUUGGCCGCUACGAUAUAUCUGAUGGCGACUGUACCAUUUACUUUUUUCCGAAAAUCCUUCAACUUUUGGGUUAUUUUUACUCAGAAUCACGACGACUAUCGAUUUAAAAAGAAAUAAAAUGUGUCCCAAAAAGAUGUCAGUUUUGUAAAGCAUUUGGUAUGGUCCGUUACUGACACCCAACAUUUGUAUGAAAAACUGGGGACACUUUUUUCUUUGUCUCAUUCAAUAGUACUCGUGAUUCUGAGUCUAAAUAACCCAAAAGUUGAUAGUUUUUCGAAAAAACUAAAUGGUACCAUUUUUUCCUGAAAACUCCCAUCUACUGUCUUAAUUUUGUAACAAUGUCAUAACAUUGCAUUGUCAUGUCGCCACAAUAUGGUUUACUAACAUUAAUUAAUAUAUAUGUAUAUUAAUAUGUAUUAUAUAUUUAGUAAUGUUGAUUGCUGUGACAGCUCCAUCUAGUGAAACCAGCAUGUAAACGGCGCUAUACCUAUUGUUCUUCGACUUUAAUGCAGCUUUUUUCAAUACUUUGUGCAAUAACAUUGUAUAAAAUACAGUGUGUAGAUAUUACUAUAAAAUAUUUUUGUACGUUGUAUCUUACUAAAUAUAACAAUUUAAUGUAGCCCACAUAACUAACAAGUACAAUAUUUUGUCAACCCAAAGUCCUUUUUGAGAUCAUGUUAAAUAGGGGCCAAAAUUCACGUUCGCAAACUCAUUGAAAAUGUGGCAUGAGAAAAAUUACAGCGACAUCUUAUGGAAAAGUGAUAAAAGUGCCAAACAGUAUUCUUGAAUGUCCAUAAUUACGUUAAUGGAUUGCGGUACAGUCAGCUGCAGAGAAAAGUAGGCUCUAGUAUAUUUCUACUUAGGGGUGCAAACUGAAAGCCUACCGCGAACCCCGUUCGACGUGUUGCCUCCCUGUCACACUUACGUACAAAUUUACAAGUGCGACAAAGUCACACUUGUAAACACGUCGAACGUGGUUCGCCAUAGGCCCUCUGCUCUCUUUUGCUGACUGUAGGUUAAGCGAGAAUAUAGUUCUGCGGGGCUACCGUAAGUGACAGCGCGACUCAUUGCUAUAGUUCGUAUUUUUUAGCAUUAGAAAUAAGGUAAACAAUCUUGAUGUGUCAUUUAAUUGAAAAACACAUUUUAAAAAUCAGUUACGGCAAAUAUGUAAUAAUUAUGAAUCUAAUACGAUUGUUUAUAUUCUUCUGCUUUCAUAUUAGUUACUGGUUUUUAAAAAGCGGUUUUCAAUUAAAAGACACGUCAAGAUCGCUUACCUUCUUUCAAGUUCCUUCUAAUGCUAAAAAAAACGAACUAUAGUAAGAACAGCUAUACUGCUCGUAAUAAAAAUUAGUAGCUACAAUUAAAAAGCGAAGUGUCGUAUUGGCACUUAAACCUAGUCUUGCUAAAAUGAACCUCUAGCAACAAAAUUAGCACCAACGGGAAUGGUUACGCUAAUGUACGAUGUCGACAUGAGAUUAAUUCGUCGCCCGGGCUUACUCAUUGCUUUUCUGACCUAAUUCGGCCCUGAGCUAUAACCGCGAAACCCGAAGUUGCGGGCAUCUUUCUCUGUCACUCUAAUUACGCGUUAAUGGGAUUAAAAGAGAAAGAUGCCCUAGUAUUUGCGAACUUCGGUUUUACGCGGUAGGCCCCCUGUUGACUCGCAGGAGUGUUAUAUAUUCUUGCCACCGUUACCUGUUCAUUCUAAAUAUUUUUGAAUGUAUAUAAUUUGGUGAGUAAGUUUGAAUUAGUGUUGUGAUUUGCCCAUCUACCAAAGUGUAAUAAUUGUACGUAAAUAAAUAUGUAUUAAUAAAA